CGGAGGGGGCGGGGCCAGGGCAGGGGGCGGGGCGGGGCAGCCGCUCGGCUACUUUGUAUCGCGCCGCUUCCGCCGGGGCCGAACCGGGCCGGGCCAGGCCGAGCCGGGCCGAGCCAUGGGGCAGAUCGAGUGGGCCAUGUGGGCUAACGAGCAGGCGCUGGCGGCCGGGCUCAUCAUGCUGACCGGCGGGAUCGUGGCCGUGGCGGGGCAGUUCAAGGGCUGGUAUUUCGCGGCGUACGCCAUCGCGGCAGGCGUCUUUGUCUGCCUGCUCGAAUACCCCAGGAGCAAGCGGAAAAAGGGCUCCACCAUGGAGAGGUGCGGCCAGAAGUACAUGACGGCCGUGGUGAAGGUGUUCGGGCCCCUCACGAGGAAUUACUACAUCCGGGCCAUCCUGCACGCCGCCCUCGCCGUCCCCGCCGGCUUCCUCCUCGCCACCAUCCUGGGCACCGUCUGCCUGGGCAUCGCCAGCGGCAUCUACCUGCUGGCGGCGGUGCGCGGCGAGGAGUGGCGGCCCAUCGAGCAGAAGCCCCGCGAGCGGCCGCACGUGGGUGACACCAUCAAGCAGCCGCCCAGCAACCCGCCGCCCCGGCCCCCCGCCGACGCCCGCAAGAAGCCGCCGCUGGACGCGGGGGGGCAGGUGAACCCCAUCCCCGUCGAGGCCGAGUGAGGCCGGGGCCUCCCGCCGGGCUGCCUGCACCGCUCGCCCGCCGCUUCCCCGGGGACACAGGGCCCCCACCCACCCCCGGGACCCCCAAGCCCUGGUGGUGCCCCGCUCCCAUGGGGGCCAUGCUUGGCGUGGGGGUGCACAGCCCCAUGGGGGCCCAGCCGGGGGGGGCACCCAGCUCUGCUCGCUGCCUCUUGCUUUUUUUUAUCGCCUCCUUUUGUGGUUGCUGUUGCAAUAAAAUGAAUGACCCCCCCCA